UCACAUCAAAUAAAAUUAGUUUUGUGUAAUUCCUGUUGCUCAGAUUUUUUCCCUCGGUGGUGUGAUUACUCCAGUGAGAAGUUCACAGAGGUCAAAGACUAUCUGGAAGACUUUUUUCUGGCUAAUUUCUUUCCAAUUUGUUAAGAGUUUGUGAGCUUUCUUGAAGCUUUAUUGUUGCGGAAGCAAAUGAGAAACAAAUAAAAACUUCUCUGAAGAUGAUGUAGAAGUAAAAAUAUGCCGUAUAGUGAUGAUUGAUGAAUUCUCAGGUGGAAGAAGGUGUUUGUAAACGUGCUCCACAGUACAGAGUACACUCAGCGGAGGGACAUUAUUUGCUAUUGCUGCCAAAGAUGGAUUUUGUAUUGGAAGUUUGUUUAAUUUUUUGUCAAAUCAUAAGAAAUUCAACAUUUAGUGGCCCCCCGGGCUGUGUCAUCCCACUGCAAAUUCCCUGCUGUCCCAUCUAAAGCCAAAAAAAGACAAACUUCUGCAUCAAACUCUGUGCGUGCGUGAAGAGAGUGAUCAUGGAGGCAGUUCUUGGACGUGAAAAUAGUGGAAGUGAAUAUGGUGAUCGUGUUAGUAAAAUAAAAUCAGAUCUUGUCUUUUGGACAAUUGUCGAUGGUGCUCUUGUGAUAACAAUCCUCUGUGGCAAUACACUCACAAUCCUCGCCAUUCGCUACAGUCGUCGCUUGCGGAGUGCCAUCUCCAAUCUCUUUGUCCUCUCACUCGCCAUCUCAGACAUUGUUGUGGGCUUCACACUUCCCUACCAUUUAGCCUUCUAUGUGGGCUCAUCCCUUGGCAAAGUGGAAAUUUGGUGCCUCUUGCGCUUCUUCCUCAUCAUCCUCGCCUGCUGCACGUCCAUAUGGAACCUCAUUGCAAUUGCUGUCGAUCGCUACAUUGCCAUCAUCUAUCCUCUGCACUACAGCAGGUACAUGACGAAAAAAGUCGCAUUGUUCCUGUGUAGUAUUGGAUGGAUGUUGGGCAUUCUCAUUGCCACUGUUCCACUCUUCUGGAAUAAUUGGGAUUCAGCGAAUGAAUGUGAAUUCGAUGAGAUCCUCAAGCCGUGGUACAUGGCUGGUGUGAUAACACCCGUCUUCUCAAUGGUAUGGCUUUGCUUGCUCAUUGUCUACAGUCGCAUCUACCGCGAGGCAUCGCGUCAGAUUAAACAGAUGCGCUCCUCCGUGUCUAAUCUCAAUCAAAUGCCAUCAGACUGGAAGUCUGUGCAGGUUGUCCUCUUAAUUCUGGGAUGUUUCUCAAUCUGCUGGCUACCCUACUUUGCCAUUGCUACGUCACAAAUCUUCCGGAUGCUCAAUCACAGCUCCGCGACUCUCUACAAGGGAGCCUUCUCACUGGCAAUGGCCAAUUCGGGGAUGAACCCCCUUAUUUAUGCAUGGAAAAAUCGCAAUUUUCGCAAAGCCUUCGGGAAUCUUUUGCGCUGCAAGAAUCCCGAUGCAAUUACCCCCAAUGAGAAUAACAAUACAGCCGUUAAAUGCCGGAAGGCCUCUGUGUGUGACCAAGAGACCCCCCCUGCCAUUGAGACGCCCCACAUUCCCGAACAAGUGGACGAGGAAGAUGCAGAAAUUCACAACAAGAGCGCCCGGAGUAGCUACGAUGCCCAAAGUUCAGACACCGUGACGACGCAUCUUAGCAAAUUCAGCACAACCAUCGCCUCCACGAGUGUCUCCUGAACACCCUGCCCCACUUUGGUUCAAUCCCACCAAAGCCAUUUGCUGAGUGCAUCCUCUUCAUCAGCAGAGCAGCAUCAAACCCAACACACAUUGCCUCCAUCGCGCGCGUGAUGCUGGCUCUAUCGCU